AGGUAUUCAUCCUUUCAGCAAACAUUUGCGUAUUUUAUUCGAUAUAAUUGUGUUGGGAAAGUCUAUAACCCGGUCUAUGCUUCACCCUCUGUAACUUGAAAUAAUUGUGAAAGUUUCAAAGUAGUAGUUUUUAUCUAGGCCUAUCUGCAGGACUUAACCUUUUUAAAGUGGGAAUAUGAGUGUUUGUUUUUAAAAUGUUGUUGAAUCAUUCAUCAUUGUUUUGCAAAAAAAUAUUAUGUUCGGGUUAUUUUGAGAGCCAAUAAUGCAACCAUCAGCAAUAUGGCUAUAAUCACUUCACCCCCUCUUAUCUCAACACAUACAGAGCAUCCUGCUUGUAGUGGGCGUGGGUGCCGCACUCAGGAUUCAGAGCCUCCUUCCAUGGCGGUCUCAGGAGGAUGAUCACUGGUUCCGUGAUUAAGGGCAGAGGAAGUGACACAAAGCGCUCAAUAUGAUAACAAGGCUGAAGCGAUGAUGAUAUAGGCAGAAAAAAUUUAUCAUCGGUCGCAUUUUGCUUGAUAGCACUCAUCGUCCAUGUAGCCUAUCCAAUGUCGAUGAAGCAGCGAUCUGAUACGAAGCAAAACAAUAAGAUUUCAGAUGUAGCCUAUUCAGUCAGAGUGCUGCUGGAAGCCCAUUACGCACACAAUCACAUUAGGCUUUUGUGGUUACGUAAUCGUACACAGUCGGUGGGCGAGAUUCUCCAGCGGUACAGUAGGUCUACAACAACAACACAUCAUCAUCGUCGUCAUCGUCUUCCUCACCGUCACUUACUGCGGGUCGGCUCGCGCUUCCCGGAGCCAGAUGGAGCGUGAGAACGGUACCGCGUGCACGUGACCAGGGCUCACUGCUGGAGCGAGCGCCUUGUUCACACCGCAUCAUGGCUGCGGAAGCUGCGGUCUCCCCCGGCGGAGCCUCUGCUGUCUCCUUCUCCACCCCAGGGGCUCGGAGCUCCCCGUCCCGCCUUCUGCUCCUAUCCGUCGGCCUCGCCUCUCUCCUUCUCCCGGCUCAGUCCCACGGGCUGCUGGGCUUACGUCCGGAGGAGACCGGGGGGGAGCUGUCCGUGGAGGACGGGGUGCUGAGAGCCAUCGAGGGGACUCGCUUCAUGCUGCGGGUGUACUACUCCACCUCCUCCCCGAGCCGGAGACUCAACCGCACCGCGGGCUCCUCCAGGGCCAGCAACGCCGCUCCGUGGAUUGCCUUCAUCGAGGAGCCGAGUCCCGGGAGAGAGGGGCAGGUGCACCCCAAGCGGAACAUGUGCAUGGACAAGACCGCCCGGACGUCCGACAUCGAGGUGCUGGGCUCGUUCAAGUCGGCCUCCAGCCAGAACUCGGUGCUGGUGGAGCUACUGGCCAAGGACCUGCGGCGCGGGGAGAAGAUCAAACACUACUCCAUGUGCGCCUUCGACGGCUCAAAGUGGGAGCACUACCGCACGCGGGACUUCUGGGUGGCGGUGGUGGAGCGCUCGGCUGUGCCCAACUUGUGGCUGCAGGUGCUGGUGUCGGUGCUGCUGCUAUGUCUGUCCGCGCUGUUCAGCGGCCUCAACAUCAGCCUGCUCGCGCUCGACCCGGUGGAGCUGCAGGUGCUGCAGAACAGCGGCACGCACACCGAGCAGAACCACGCGCGGAGGAUCGAGUCCGUGCGUCGCCACGGCAACUACGUGCUGUGCACGCUGCUGCUGGGCCACGCGCUGAUCAACGCCGCGCUGGCCGUGUGGAUGUGCCAGAUCCUGGGCAUGACAUGGCAAUCCACCGUGCUCUGCGCGUUUGGCAUCUUUUUCAUCGGCGAGAUCCUGCCGCACUCGGUGGCCUCCCGCCACGGCCUCGCCAUCGCCUCCAAGACCAUCUGGGUGACGCGUGUGCUGAUGGUGCUCUCUUUCCCCGUGUCCUACCCCAUCAGCAAGCUGCUGGACCUGGUGCUCAGACAGGAGAUCUCCAACUUCUACACGCGGGAGAAACUCCUAGAAAUGCUGCGCGUGACCGACCCGUACCACGACCUGGUCAAAGAGGAGCUGAACAUCAUCCAAGGCGCGCUGGAGCUGCGCACCAAGACGGUGGAAGACGUGCUCACGCCGCUGGGCGACUGCUUCAUGCUGGCGUCGGACGCGCUGCUGGACUUCAACACCAUGUCGGAGAUGAUGCAGAGCGGCUACACGCGCAUCCCCGUGUUCGAGAACGAGCGCUCCAACAUCGUGGACAUCCUAUUCGUCAAAGACCUGGCGUUCGUGGACCCUGACGACUGCACGCCCCUCAAGACCAUCACCCAGUUCUACAAGCACCCGCUACACUGCGUCUUCAACGACACUAAACUGGACGCCAUGUUGGAGGAGUUCAAGAAAGGUAAGAGUCACCUGGCGGUGGUCCAGCGGGUGAACAACGAGGGGGAGGGCGACCCCUUCUACGAGGUCAUGGGCAUCGUGACUCUGGAGGACGUCAUAGAGGAGAUCAUCAAGUCUGAGAUCCUGGAUGAGACUGACCUGUACACUGAUAACCGCACCAAGCGCCGUGUGUCCCAUCACGAGCGGAAGCAGCAGGACUUCUCAAUCUUCAAGCUGUCGGAGAACGAGAUGAAGGUGAAGAUCUCCCCACAGCUUCUGCUGGCCACACACCGCUUCCUGUCUACAGAGGUGGAGCCCUUCAAGCCAGGACACCUAUCAGAGAAAAUCUUACUGCGGCUGAUCAAGCACCCCAGCGUCGUCCAGGAUCUCCCGUUUGAUGAGAAGAACAAGCGGGCACCGCAGCACUUCCUGUACCAGCGGAACAAACCCAUCGACUACUUCCUGCUCGUGCUACAGGGUCGAGUGGAGGUGGAGUUUGGGAAAGAGGCUCUGAGGUUUGAGAAUGGAGCUUUUGCAUAUUAUGGGGUGCCAGCUAUCAUGCCAACAGGUACCCCCGUCUCAACAGUCCACAGAUCCCCUUCACGCAGCAGUGGUUUGGACCGCUCAGAGUCCAUGCUGUAUGGAGGCAGCAUGAACCAGCUGAACGGUGGGGGCAGCGCCUACCUGCCCGACUACUCUGUCAGACAGCUGACCCCCGUUCAGGUCAUCAAGAUACUCACACCUCCUGGCUCGGUUCCUCUCCAUCAGAUCACCAGGAGCCACUACCAGAACGCCCUGACCGCCACCCGCAUGGACACCUCUCCCCAGACCCCAGAACCGGACCUCCAACCCCCGGAGCUCCGUCCCCCAGUGCUGGAGCCCCCCACCCCCGAGCACGGCUCACACCUCAUGCCCCCCCCCAGGGAUACGGGACGGCCCACCUCGGCCCGGAGCCGGGGGCAGCAGGCCAGUGUCCCGCACAGCACCUCGCUGCUUAACGAGAAGAACCGCAUCGUCCGAAGUAAGUCAGAUGGUCAGAAGAGUCCCAGUGACUCCGUGUUCCUGAGGUUGGAUGAGGUCCCUUACAUCAGGGAGGACCGGUCUGAGAGCCAGGACACAACAGAAACAUCUUCCGUUCCCAUGGAGACAGACACCUCCCCCUUUAUCAGUGCUCUGUCGCUGAGCGGCUCAGAGGACACACUGGGAAAGAAGCUGCUGCUGAAACUCAGUCACAAAAAGAGGAAAAAGUCUAGAGAGGGAGAUAAAACCCCAGAGGACCUCGCUGAGCAGCCGCUGGUGAAGACCUAAAGAGGCGGGGGCCCUCUCUGAGCGGCCCCUGGUGAAGACCUAGUGAGGUGAGGGCCCUCACUGAGCGGCCCCUGGUGGAGACCUAGUGAGGUGAGGGCCCUCUCUGAGCGGCCCCUGGUGGAGACCUAGUGAGGUGAGGGCCCUCUCUGAGCGGCCCCUGGUGGAGACCUAGCGAGUUGAGGGCCCUCUCUGAGCGGCCCCUGGUGGAGACCUAGUGAGGUGAGGGCCCUCUCUGAGCGGCCCCUGGUGGAGACCUAGUGAGGUGAGGGCCCUCUCUGAGCGGCCCCUGGUGGAGACCUAGCGAGUUGAGGGCCCUCUCUGAGCGGCCCCUGGUGGAGACCUAGCGAGUUGAGGGCCCUCUCUGAGCGGCCCCUGGUGGAGACCUAGCGAGUUGAGGGCCCUCUCUGAGCAGACCUAGCGAUGGUGGGGCCAACACUGGAGACAGAACGUAGAGUUCCCAUUUUAAAAAGAACGUUAUCCGGAUGAUUCUGCAUGACUGGGAGAAACAGAGGAAUCCGCUGGACGGUGUCAAGUGAUUAUGAGUUUCCGGAUGACAGAAUUUUUCUAAAGAAAUCAAAAGAGAAGAGAAAGGGAUUAUAUAAGGAGGAUAUUAUGUCCUUGUGCCAUACUCUUCAUCAAGCCAUUUUAGGUUUGGAACGUUCACAGAGACCUGUAUGCAAAGGGGUAUGUUUAUAUUUUUAUACACUACGUAGUCCGUUCACAUUUAAAAGACACUCUACGCUACUUGAAGACACUUUAAGACUCGUAUAUUGCGCAGCUAUUUUCUGCCCUAGCAUUAGCAAGGGUCAGUUGUGCCUGCUUGGGUAUAAUCUAGUGAAACAAGUUCCUUUGUGAGUGCCCUCUCAGUUGAACCCAGCUCCUUGUGUUAGGAAUCUUCAAAGCACCUUCUUUUUCUAACAAGCCCCCUUAUGUGAUGAACCGCUGGGUCUUUCAGCAUGCUCAUACACCGUCACAUUGACACAAACAUACACACACCUACACAUACAGCUGCACAGUUGCACACACCUGCACAUAUGCACACCUCCACCUGUACAUUGACAAACACCUCCACACAUACACCUGCACAGUACACAUGCCUGCACAUGCACAAACCUACACCUCAACAGUGGAAAACACAUGCCCAUACCCUUGUACAGUGACACACACACACACACACACACACAACUGGGUGUAUGUAUAACAGUUCACUAACAGACAUUUGAUGUAUUUAAAUUUAAAAUACAUUUAUAUUUGCUAAUGAAUACCAAUGAAUGUACUGCUAACUAAUUGCUGCGGUUGUAGAUCGUCAUCAUCACCAAUAGUUUGACUGCAUGUGCCAUGAUGCCUUUCUUUGAGCAAGCAAUAGAAGUGAAAGACAAUAAUCCAAACAAACACAGAAUCCGUGACGGUGAGUUUGUGUUCGUAACGUUUCACGCCUCAACUUUGCGUGCCGCUUUUGUAGACCAUCAACUUUAUCGCCGCAUCCAUCUCAACCCUUGCCCAUAAUCACACAUCGUAGCUAUCUUUCAGACACAGUUGUUGACAACUCUGAUGGCUGAAGUGCUGUGUAGAAUAUAUGGACCCAACAUGAAGGUGAAGGUUUUUUUAUGGUGAUCCAUCAUUCAUUAACAAGCAAACAAAAUCAAAAGUGCAAUAUGAAUCAAAUGUAAAGUUAUUUAAAUUGAUUAAACAAAUGCAUAUUUAAG